CAGUUACAGAUUCUGCAGAGCCACUCCGCAAGCGGUUACGUAACGGCGACGCUCAGCGACGAAGCGUAGAGGCGGCCAAUGUUUUGAGUCCGGGAAUAGUUAGGUUAGUCAGUGUGAAUCCGUCGCGAUGCGCGAUCCACCCGGGCCCUCCGUGAGUCUCAUCGACGACGCCGUUGACGUCGAUGAGGAUGUGCCAGUGCCGACCAACACCCGCUAUGAGUACUCUAACAGGUCCACAUUCGCCCAGGUGCUGGCAACCAUCGUUCAAAGCUGGCUCCUGAUCGACAAUGGACUGAUGAAGGCUGUGCCGACUUUGAUUUUAGGAUCUCUCCAUGACAACCCAAAUGAGCCUCUCGAUAUGAAUGAUGACCAAGCCUCUUGGUUCGGGGCCAUACCAUACAUCUGCACGCCGAUCACAAGCUUCGCUUCGGGGAUAUUCCAGGAGAAGUUCGGGCGUAAGGGGUCCAUGAUCCUCGUCAACAUCCCGAUCUUCGUGGCUUGGAUACUUCUCUACGUGGCCGAGUCCAUCGCGGCUUUCUACACGGUGGCCGUCAUCAUGGGUCUCAGCAUCGGCCUCAGCGAGGCCCCGCUCAGUUGCUACAUCGGGGAGACAUCAGAACCCCACCUCAGGGGAACGCUAGCCACCAUCAUGUCCACCGCCAUGAUCAUAGGUUAUUUUAUAAUGUACACUCUCGGAUACUUCUUUGACUGGAGGACUGCCGCCUUGAUUAGUAGCGCCUUUCCGAUUGUUACUUUUGUACUCAUGACGCCGAUACCCGAAUCGUCAACAUGGUUGAUAGGACGUAGCCGAUUCAAAGAUGCUAAGAAAUCACUGAGGUGGUUGAGAGGUUGGGUUACUGCAGAAGCCGUUGAAGAGGAAUAUCAAAGUCUCCUCAGCAACAAUCGGGAUCCAAUCCGCAAAAAACCAUCGGAAAGCACGCUCCAAGAAAGGGGUCCUGAACAGGAAGAUUAUGGUUUUUUCAGAACGCAAUAUCAGACAUUGAUGAAUGAUAAUAUCAUGCUGCCACUUCGUUUGGUGCUGAUUACCUCUUUCAUUGGGUAUGUGGCCGUUCUCAGAGGCAUGACACCGUAUCUGAUCGGCGAACUCAACGCCUUGAGCACACCGAUUGAUGCAAAGCUUGUACUGAUAAUCACUCAAAUUUUGUUCCUGCUCGGCGCUGCAGCCGAUAUGAUGUUCCUGCAGGGACUCGGUAAGCGGAAGAUCGCGCUUUUCUCGCACGCGAUCGCAGCGGUUUGCCUCCUGGGGAUCGGCUUUUACGCCUUUCACCUCCAGGCUUCGGCCGUGUACUACCCGCAUCUGGCCUGGCUCCCUGUCAUCUUUCUGAUGGUCAUCAACUUCCUCGGCGGUUUCAGCCUCCAGGUCCUGCCGUGGCAACUCAUGUGCGAAGUCUUCCCACGGGUAGGCCGUGGUCUUGCAACCGGAAUAUCAGCCGCUUGGACACAUUUGGUGAUAUCCCUCCUGAUCAAGUCUUAUCUGUACAUAAAAGCUUGGAUAGGACUAGGUGGCGUGAUGUAUCUUUACGGCACGAUCACAGCCUUUGGCGUUGUGUACUUCUACCUCCAUCUCCCUGAAACGGAAGGCAAGAGCCUGAAGCAAAUCGAAACCUACUUCACCUCAAACCACGACCGAAAGGAGAAGUUUGAGGUCGAAAAAUGAAUCAGAAGUCGGGCUUUGACGAGUAAUGCCCGUUAUCCUGAAUUGCUGUGAUAUAAUGUACGAGUAUUAAGUAAUUUAACUUAAGUACAAAUUUGUGAUUUUAUUUUUUUUAAUCGAUUCUUUGGGGUGCACCCCAAACGAUUUACUGCCCAGAUUGUGGUUAAAAUCAACCUCGAUGAGAGAAUAUCUCCGUAAUUUCAAAUUGAUGGCGCGCAAAAAAAUCUGCGUGUUGAAUGUUUAAAUUUUUCUCAUUAGUUUUGCUAGGCUAUUGAAUUUUCAGGAGUUUUAGUAGACGAUAAAAUUUAGGAUUCAAUUACUUUAAAAUUUCGAAAAAACUUACACAAUUUAUUAUUUACUUUAAGUUUUAAAUCUCUUCAAUCCUUUUUAUAUCAUUUUUUAUGUAAUAGUUUUUGUCUCCGUAAAGACUAGAAUAAGCUCAAAUGUAAAGAAAUGUUUAAGUUGACAAUCUUAGGUAUUAAGUAAAGUUAAUAAAUGUAUUUUUGAAUAAAGAGACAUUAAUUCGU